AUGGGGGUUCACUACGGUCCCCAGUACAUCAGGACUCCCAUUACGCAGAAUCCAACAGCCCUCCUUGCCACAGCCGAUACCAUCGAGGAUCUCCUCAAGAGCGUGCCGUCUGAGCAGCGCAAAGGUGCGCUCCAACAUCUGACCUUUCUGGUGGCACAUUCUCGCUCGUGCGACAAUCGCUGACGAUCUACGAUCCGUUGCUCAACGUGCAGCACUCCUCGUUGACGUGUCGACGACUGAGCGCGGUAUCUGGGCCACCACUCGGGGCAACAAAGGAACCGUCGAGCACGGACGCGCUUUCGUCAAGAGGGUCGCCGCGAAGUACCAUCGACAAGCUCAAGCGCACGGCGGCAACACCCAUGUGUUUGCCAUUGUCGACAACGAGCUUUGGCGACCAGAGCUCAAGCGGCAAACGGUCAACAGGCGCAAGGAGAUGGCGGUGGAUAGUGGCAUGAACGUCCGCGUUCGCCUGGAUUCCUUCACCACCGAGCCGAAGUUCAUCUCGACGGCGUCGCUCAAGAUCCAGUGUGACACCUUCCCUGAUCCUACCUCGUCAACCGUGGAUCUAAAGAAAGCCGAUGGCAUUAUUUUCUGGUCGUUGACGCCUCGGGUAACGUUUGUCAUGGCAAAGUCCGAGGCGGACACCCUGGCGUUUCUCGUCUGUCGUCAAGGGUUCCUGUUACACGUCCCCCUCGAUCCUUCGUCGACUCUUCUCUACUCGAAGGAUUCUGACUGGAUUUUGAACCUUCCGCCCGAGUUCUGCCAUCGUCGCAUCUUCGUCGACAUGUCGAUUCCUGACUCGACCCAAGACCCGGCCAACAAGCUCAACAUAGCUCCUCGACGGGGCUCGGCGCGGCCACAAUGCUCGUCGCUCUGCCUCAUUGAUACCAUGGUGCUCGGAUGGGACGGCGAAAAACUCAUCAUCGCCGGGAUCCUUGCGGGUGGAGAUUACUUCCCCGGCGGUCUGCCGUCCGUCGCGUUCAAUAAAGCGUUCGAUACGUACAAAGAAUGCCUCUCACGUAAAUUUUGGGAGGGACAAGAACUUGGCGUCGUCCUCGGGCGCUUCCGAGCCAUCAAGAAAGUCGAAAAGUUGAGCGAUACGUUCGUCAAAGCGAUCGAAGAACUUCGAAACAACAUGCCGGCGAUCUUUGCGCUACUGGAGAAGGACGAAGGCGAACGGUUCAACAAGUUCGACUGCGCUGGCGACCAAGCAUCUCCCUCGGACCAUUCCGUCCCAAUCAAGUUCCCCCCCAAAUCACGUCGCUUUACGAGAGGAAAAUCGCCCGGGGAGCAAAUAUUCCCCAAGGGCACCCAGGUCGCUCCAGCUCCUCGAUCCCAACCCCUGUUCGAGGUGCCACCGGAUGCUUCGGCGCCGCCGAGCGAGUGGUUCUUUGGCAACUCGGUCUAUCAACCUGCUCGAGCUCAGAACGCCAAGACUCCGGCCCGACAGUUCCUUUGUCAACCGAGGGAGAGCAUCGCGUCGCUCAAGUCGACCAAGGAUGCCAUGGUGGGCCCAGGGAAGCGCCCAUACGAAAAGCGCUUCAAUCGACUUGUCAAGCUUCGGCGCAAGGAGAGUCGCCGAGUCGCCCGAGCCCCUGCGAGUGUUCAAAGCGCCGUUCUGGGCUUCCCCUUGUGGGAGUCGUUCGACUGGAACAAGCCUCCAGAAAGGGGUCAUCCCCUGCAGAAGAAGCCUGGACCCGAGCCGACCCGAGCCGCCGCGCCCCCGGUCGAGCCGACUCACACCGCCACGAGCACGCAAGCCAAGCCUGCUCAAGCCAAGAAGUCGUCGACGUCAAAGCUCACACUAGCGGGUAAGGAGUACUCCGGGCGGAUGCGUCGUUGCGACUUUACCAAGAGUUUGCGCGAGCAGCUCCCUCCCUCGCCCGAUGGCAAGAGGAAGCACAGGUCCGCCGAAUUCUUCUCCGACCUGAUGCGCGUCCAAGUCGUCAUCCGGUCCAUCGAGGCGAAGGUGUAUCAGCCUUGCGUCCGAAAUUAUGUCACCCUCUUCACCGACAAUGAUUGGAAGAUCAUGGCCGCCUCCAAGUUCGAGAAUGAAUUGAGGAAGAGGGUCACGGGCGUCUUUUCGGGGUUGCACCUCGAUCCGGAUUACAGCACCAAGGCCAAGCGUAAAGACCAAGGCUCGUUCACGAUAAACACACCCAUCGACCCCGUGAACAUCUCGCCCGACACCCAUCGAGCUUAUGCUGCGGGGUACGCGAAGGCCGCCAACCCUCAAGGCGGCCCUCGUUUCGCUGGGGUGAGUCUUGGGCACUGUUACCGUGCCGCCUUGAAUGCGGCUUUGACAUGAUCCGAGGCCAGAGGGUUUGACCAAGCCAAUCUCCACCGUUUGAUCUGCGUUUCAUUCCAGGCCACGGGGGCGUUGAUGACCGCAGUGGACAAGACUCGAGCGGCGGGCCUGACUCUUGGUGCGCACCCUCAAUUCGGGGUGCACUACGAGGACGUGGUCAGCUCGAUCGUUCGCGCUAUCCUCGGCUGGAAGGACAAACUCCCCUACGUCCUCGCCGAAUACGGCAAACACCUGCUCAAACCCCUCUUGAAGGAGCAAGGACUCCUUUCGGGAUUUCAUUCGGACGACGUGCUCUUGACGGAGAAAGGGCAGCAGGUCCUCCUCGAUAUCGUGGUCUCGGCACUUCGCGACACGCCUCAUCCCGUCGCCGAGCACCAAGCAGAAUUCCAGAAGACCCUCGAGCGGGUCGACGCGCUCAUCGGCGAAAACCCUGACGGCCCCCACGCAGCCUUUCGAACGGUCUUUGUCAAGCAGGUCUAUACAGGCUGCGGGGUCCGAGACAUCUAUAUCCCAUGGGCGCUGCCCACGGGGCAACAGGGGACGUUGCGGGGCCUCGUAGGAGUCAAGUUGACGGACUUUUCUGCCAAGCACAAGACUCGCGGCGGCGGCGGGAGCGGCGAAGAUGACGAUGACGACGAUGAAGACAACGACGACGACGAGGACGAAGAAGAAGAAGAGGGCAAGUCAGAGGAAGGAGGAGGGUUCAGGGUCCAGUUCCCAGCGGCUGCCCUGCUUCCCCUCAUGCACCAUCUGCUUAUCAGGAGCGGCCAUACGAACGGCAUCGUCCCCGUGAGUUCUGCUAGCCCCUAUUCGCGCUCAAGGCCGUGCAUCUUGCUUACCCUGUUCGUUCGCCACGCAACAUUCAUACUCGCUCAGACAAUCGAUUCCAACUUUAUCCAGUGCACCCCCGGCUACCUCACCACGAUCCUCUCCAACCCAGUUCGCGUUGUGAGAGACCAAGCGAAAUGGCUGUACAGCAUCGUGCCGGCUCUCGUCACUGACCAUGGCGCACCCGAAGACCGAUCCGCUCGCUACGUCAAGAUCGUACGACUUCUCCUCGGCGCUACGGGGGACAAGAUCUUCGACUUUGACCAAGCCGAUCCUAGGGUGAAGCAAGAAUGGAGCGACGAUGCCCUGGAGAGUGUCCGUGCGAUUCGAGAGAAUUGCUUCGGGUCCCACGUCGCCAAGUUGGAGCAUGGCCCGGAUGCGACCUUCUUCAGGUCAGAAAACUUCAGGGCUUUCGGGUUUCGUCUGGCUGAUGUCUUAUUUAAAGUCGAGAGCAUCCUCCCCUUCCACGAGAUCCAGGCGGGCUCGUGGCAGACGGAUGGCGUGCACGUGCAUCUACGCGUCAUGGAUAUCAGGAGAGCGUCAGAGGACAGUCGAGCGGCGGGACCUCCCAAUAGCGGCGCGUCGAACUCGAUCCGGGAUAGCCUCAUUCGAGCCAUGAGGAAGGCCAAGCGGUGGCAUCGAUUAGGGAAGCCUCCGGCCACGCGGGGUGGACUUUAUCGAUCCGCACAAACGCCGUGCCAGCACUACGUCGACGGUGUCAAGGAGACGUUUUUGCUUUCCUGUGCCGAGGGUUUGAACAAGCCGCGUGUAGAGGGGAAACCCCGCGACCGCAUGGACGCUCUCGAGGACAAGCUCAGGGAGGAGGCAACCCAAGCUGGAAGAAAUGCCGAUGACGCAGUUCAAGUGAAAUUCGUCCCUUGGAGGGAGCUGCAAGACGUUCGGAUCGUCGAUGGGGAAAUCUACGUACCCAGUCUCCGCAACGACGGCGCGUUCUGCGAACUGCUCGAGACGCUGCAAGGCUUCAGCAACAAGAAGUUUCACACCAACGUGAGUGAUAUAAUAUGCCUUGCCUCGGGCUUCAGACGAUUCCAAGUCCGAGACGUCUUGGCGGUCGUUACCCGUUUACUCGGCCUACUUGAAGUCAUCGAUCGAGAGUUGGUACUGAUCGCGGUGCCCCACUACCUGCGCUACACAGCACAGCUUCAAGAGGGACGAUCUCAUCACCGAGUUCAACAAGCGCGAGAGCUUUUGGCACGACAUGAAUCAUGCUCUGAGCCAGUGUAUCCUCGUAGCCAGCGACCUCGGGCACGAACGCCCCAACACCAUUGUCGCCCGCGUGUUUGACCGCAACGACGUGCCAGUGCUGCAGACGGUUAUUCUGUGCAAACAAGUGCCGAACAGCAUUCUGCGACGGGGCGCCCAACUGUCGGCGGAGCUGCGAGAAGCACGGGCAAAUCACGUCAAGACGACCCUCAACAAGAACAAGUUCGAGUGGUCACCCCUUGCACUGGCUCGCGGGUUCCCUGAGGGGCGCACUACCGCUUCUAUGAAACUGCGCUCAACGACUCGCGAGGCCAGAAUGACGGUUUUCGAACAACACGCAGAACAAGUGCUGCACGUCACAGGGAUCGAGAAUAUGCGUGAGUCCUCGUCAAUCGGGGGAGACUCUACCGAUCGCCGCUUGGUGCAGGUCAGUUGUAGUUGUGGCCAGUAUGUGCUGACUUCGUUGUGCGCUUUUCCACAUGCAGGUGCCCAUGCACGUCCGCAUGCCCAGGAAAAACAGGUGACGAUCGAGCCGGCAGCGCUCCCAGAGCUCGCCAAGCCAUGCCAUCUGUUUUCGAGCGAGCUGCGACCAAUCAUCUACGUCGCCGGCGACAGUUCGAGCUCGGGUCCGAACCCGCGAGGCGUCUACUUUGGUCCGGCCGCCUACAAGUCGAUGCACCGAGCCUUCAAGGGACUGAAGAAGUCCGGACUCGAGGUUCAUCUCUUUACCGUGGACGAGUUUCGCACAUCCAGUCACUGCUGGCAUCUUGACUGCCGUGACGACCAGGAAAGGCGUAAUUGGUACGUCCGUGCAAACCGAGGCAGACAUUCGCUUGGCUCGAUAAUGACACGAACCCACGUGCUGUACUUGUUGCAGGGUCAAAACCGGUACGAGCGCGGAGGGAUGGGCCAUCCAUCGGGUCCUACUCGGACAGGGCACCUGCACCCAUAUGCCUUCAGAUCGGGACAUUCUCGGCGCUCGCAACUGCGCGCACGUCUUUGAGCAUUUCUUCGCUCACGGCCUACAUCCGUUCCGUCCAGAAAAGGGGGAGGGGUACCGCGGCGCUGGGACCCGAAGGCGCGGAGGAGGGGGAGGGAGUGGAGGAAGUGGGGGAGGUGAAGGAAGCGGAGACGAUGAGGAACAUUGGGAUCAUGAGGGCAAAGGAAGAGAAAGUGGAGGAAGCGGAAAAUGUGAGGAGCAUUGGGAUCGUAAGGGCAAAGGGAGAGAGAUCGCUCCCGACGUGCAGGAUGAAGAGGAGGACACUGGAGAUGAGCAGGAGGAGCAGCAAGCCGAGUAUCACACUUUUGAGGAUGAAGAGGAGCUUGAGUAUCUCGACUAUAAAUGA